AUGCCUGGGCCCCCAGCCCCCACGCGCCUCCGCCCUGCAGGGGCCGGCUGUGCUGGUGCUGCCCCGGGGUCUCCUCGGCUGCGCCCGAAGCUCCCCAGCUGGGCCGUCUGCUUCCUCUCCGUUCACAGGCAGCAGUGCCCCCUUCGGUGCUGGGCGUCUCGAGCGAUGGCGUGUGCGCCCACCUGCUUGCCUCCCGCCUGCAGAGACCCCUGCGGCGCCCUCACACACCUGCAGCAUCUGUCGUCCUUCCUUCUCUCGCCUCCCACCCCAGGCUCCUCCGCCUCAGUUGCCAGAAGCCUCCCGGGGGUCCCCCCUUCUCUGCUUCCCUCCCCGCACCGCUCUCUCCCCGCAGCAGCCCCCAUCCGUGGCAUCCGGCUGUCCAUGGUGGCAGGAGACAGGUGCCUGCCGAGCCCAGGCUGCUCACCCAGUACCGGCCGCCCUCCUGGUGCCAAACCCCCUCCCCCCUGA